AGUUGUCUUCUUUACAGUCUACUGUAAAAGGCUCUUUCUAGCCGUUUAUUGUACUAAAUUAAUUAACUUUACACUCUGGGCCUAUUUAAUUUGGGGUGAAAAUACAUUCCACCACGUUUCACUGUUGCAUCUUAUUUGGACCGUGGGUGGUUACCUCAUUUGUAUAAAACAAAGUAGUUGCAAUGUUUCAGACUCCUAUUUUUUAAAUACAAAGUAAAUAAACAGUUAACCUCAUUCUUGUUGCAAGUAACUGCCAAUGGAUGUUUUUAGAGAAAUAGUCUAAGAAACCGCCCCGCCAUUAACACCUCGUUUUUAUGAACGGCACUUACUAAUGGAAUGCAACACCUUUAGACCCAUUGAGAGCUGCAGCGUGGAUAUAAAUGGGGCCUGGUCUUCUCAAUCUUCAGUCUGAGUUUGGACCAGGAGCUCAUUAUGAUUAACGGAGUGAACGGAGAAUUCAGCGGUUUGCUGGUCAAACCAAGUGGCGUCCCUAGAAGGAGAUACAAAAGAUACACUACGGGAACUUACAUCGGACUUAUUGCGUAUGCAAUUCAAGAUUCACCAGACAAGAUGCUCACAUUCAAACAGAUAAUGAAAAGGCUGGAACCAUUUGUUUUCGGAGACAAAAAAGGCGUUGAAAACAACAUCAGAGUCUGUCUUUCAUCAAACAGGUGUUUUGCAAAGGUGCCAGUCGAUCCGGAUUAUCCAAAUCCUAAAAAGAACUUCUGGAAAGUUGAUGAAAGUGGCAUUACUCCAAAAAUGUUUCGCCGACACUUUAAAUAUCUGAUCAACAUAUUCCCUGGCCUGUCGAUUCAGAAACGGCAGGUGGAUGAAUGUGAAGACAGUUCUAAUGUACAUGAGCCUGUUAUCCCAGCCUGCAAAGUCGCAGAAAACAAAAGUGAAGGCAAAUUUACAGGCCCCUUUUCCAUAGAAUCCUUAUUGAAGAGCGACUGCGAAGUGGAGCGCAUGCGCAGCACGAGUUUGGAGGAACACGCACAUUACAUUAGUGCACAGAGUGAAACGACCAAGAGAAAAAACGUUUAUGCAUACGAAGCAGUAAAGUGUUAUUACCCUGUUUCAGCAGUAGGAUAUGAACUGGCCUCAGUGAAAAGACCUCGUCUAUCAGGACCUCAGUUUGGACAGUCCCUACCUCCACAUAUCACAUAUGAUCACAAUGUUCUCUUCAAAUCUCCUUUAAUGUAUGAUACUAGAUAUGUCCGGUGGUAAACAGCCAGACCAGACCACAUGUAAAUAAGAAAUCGCACUUUAUUUUCGUUGUUCAUUUUUUUUUUUUUCUUUUAAAUAAAAGUCUUUUUUUCACAUUGA